CCGAUUCUCUCCUCUCACAAUUCAAAAAUAAAAAUAAAAAAGAGCUUUUCAAAUGCGGCGGAACGGGAAGAAGAGAGCUAGGUCAGAGACCCCUGGCUCCACCACCCAUCCCAGAAACAAAUACUCCGACAACCCACCCGACUUCUCCCUACUCGCCUCUCUUUACCCUUCUUUCAAACCCUUUGUUUUCUUCUCCGCCUCUCAACGACCCCGCAUCGACUGGACCGAUUACAACGCCACCCGUGAGCUCACACGUGUCCUCCUCCUACACGACCACGGCCUCAACUGGUGGAUUCCUGAUGGUCAGCUCUGCCCAACUGUUCCUAACAGAUCCAAUUACAUCCAUUGGAUCAACGAUCUUCUCUCCUCUCAGAUCCUCCCAAGCUCAUGUGACCAAGUAAAGGGCUUUGACAUUGGUACUGGCGCCAAUUGCAUUUAUCCUCUCCUUGGCGCUUCCCUUUUCGGUUGGAGCUUUAUUGGCUCAGAUAUAACUGAUGUAGCUCUAGAAUGGGCUGAGAAGAAUGUUCAAAGCAAUCCCCACAUUUCAGACCUUAUUGAGAUCAGAGACUCUAAAAUCUUUUCAUCAGAGGAAGCCCCCACGCGUCCUGAAGAUGAAUAUAUGGUACUCCUUGGUGUUGUCAAGGAAUCUGAAACGUUUGAUUUCUGUAUGUGCAACCCUCCGUUUUUUGAAACCUUUGAGGAAGCUGGACUUAACCCUAAAACCUCAUGCGGUGGAACUCCUGAGGAGAUGGUUUGUGAUGGUGGGGAGCAAGCUUUUGUCACCCGUAUUAUAGAAGAUAGUGCUGUCCUCAGGCAAAGAUUCAAGUGGUACACUUCAAUGCUUGGGAAGAAGGCUAACCUCAAACUCUUGAUAUCAAAGCUUUGGCAAGUAGGGGUUACUGUUGUUAAGACCACUGAGUUUGUCCAAGGCCAAACUUCCCGUUGGGGUCUCGCUUGGUCCUUUAUCCCCACAGCUAGGAAGAUUAUAGCACCUCCUAUUGCUGCCAAAAAGAACAGCCUUCUUUCUUUUAUGCUUGAGGGAAUUAAACGGCAGUACAGUGCUGCAGAUGUGUUGCAAUCAGUUGAAGAAUUCUUCAAGAGCUGUGGUGCCUCGUCCAAAUUAAACUCUUCUACCUUUUCUGUUGACAUUGUUGCGUCCAGUGACCAGUGCAACACAAUCACACAGAUCAGCAAACAACAUACACUGGAUGGCUCCAGUUUGGAAGUCCCUCAAGACGACCUAUCUUUCCGCAUCUUGGUGUUCCAGCAGAUGCCAGGAACGUUGCUUAUAAAAGGAUCACUGCAGCAGAAAGAUAGUCCUCUCUCAGGGUUGUUCUCUUUGGUUUUGGGUUCGUUGGAGGAAAGUAUGAAGUCUAAAUUUUGUCGGUAACCUGUUACAGAGUACUGUACUCACUUGAAGAAUGGCAUCUUGUCUAACUAUAAGAAACUGAAUUGCAUAAAAAGCUUCCAUCUCAGACAUAUGUAACAUGUUGGUACAUACUAAUGGAUAAUCGAUAUUGUGACGUUAAG